AUGACCUCCAGCCUCCCGUCCCCCGAGGUACGAGCCGCCAUCACUGAGAAACUCUCCGAGCUCAUCGCCGCCCUCGAGGCCCACCCGGCCUGGAUCCCGCCGAAUCCCCACAGGGGUCUCUUCCACGUCUGGGACUUUGUUAACCGCUCCCGUUACAUCAUGACCGAGCUCGACCACAUCAGGGACGGCGAGCCGGUGCAGCACCCGGAGCAGAUCCCGCGGCAGACAAAAGGUCAGGAUUCCACCCGCACCCGCACCCGUACCUGUACCCGCACUCGCACUCGCACCCUGCACCCCGCUCCCGGCGCCGGACGCCGGACGCCGUAUCCGUACCCCGCCCUCGCGGGCCACGCCGGCUCUGGACACAUGCGAGAAGGCCGAACCGGUCCCGACGCUGCCGCCGAGUCCUUCUCCGACGUGUGCGGGCGAUCCGUCGCCGUCAACGAGAUGGUCAGCAACCCGAGGCUUCUCACCAUGAUGGGCCUCCCGCAGGUGGACUACGGCAGCGGCAUCGCCGCCAAGGCGCAGGCCGUCGUCGAUGCCAUUGGCCAGGGCCAUUGA